AGGUCUGAACGUUCCUGAACGCCGCACCCAUCUCCUGCGAGAACUGCGGAAAUCGCAAGUAUCUGUAGCUAUGCUUCAAGAAACCCACUUCCUAGAGGGAUGUGCACCAAAACUACGGAACCGAUAUUACCCCAACAAUUUCUUUAGCAACCACAACACGGCACGUAGAGCCGGUGUUGCCAUCGUCCUGUCCGCUAACCUAGACUUCAGGGAACUGGACAGGAUGAUUGACACACAGGGGAGGUUUAUCUUCCUAAAAGGCACCAUUGCCGAUAAACUCUACACAUUGGUGUCGAUCUAUGUGCCCAACACAAACCAG